GCGACAACAAUGUCACAAGCCAACAGUUCCGAUGACGAAAGCGACUUUAAAGCCGUCAAUACAGCUAAUUUCGAGCGAGUGCAGCAAAAAGUGGCAAAGAUCAGCUAUGUGGAUGGAAUUGCUGAUGGACGUGAGAAAGUUUUCCAGAUCAGCUUUGAUCAGGGUUAUGUAGAUGGUCUAAGAACUGGCAUUGAAUUGUCUAAGCUCCACUCGUUCUACGAGACACUGAAGCCAGAAGAAUUAAAUGAGAAAUUAACAAAGGAAUGCGAGAUAUACAAAGAAAUGAAACUGGCAAAGGCGACGGAUAAAAGUCACUUUAAGUAUUUGGAGCAUCAAAGUGAGUCACUCAGCGUUGUGUCCGAAAAACAAAAGGCUUAUGUAGACGAAUUUUCGGAGCGCUGUUCCAAAGACCUGCCAGUUACAACAAGUUUAUUGCAAAACGAAAGCCAAAAUGUAAUUUAAGUAUUAACCUGGUUUAAUGUUUCGUGUUGUGGUUGAUUAGGAAUUAUAUUGUAGAUUAACUGAAAAUUAUGUAAAAAUUGGCUUAUAAAUACAAUCCCUCGGGUGUGCCUUCCUUCUUGCGGUACAAUACGCUCUCCUUGGAUUUCUUAAAGUCCUCAUUGGUCACCUUCAUACGACGCUCGCGCAAUGCCAUCAAUCCAGCUUCUGUGCAAAUCGCCUUAAUGUCCGCACCCGACAGAUCAUCCUUGGCCAUAAUCAGUUCACUCAAAUUGACAUCCUCGGCCAGCGUCAUGCGGGAAGUG